AUGUCCUAUCAACGACAGUUAUUCUUGCAAUGGUGGUUUUUCUUCUUAAUUAUUAAUAUAUUAGGUGAUCGUUAUGAUUUUCAUUAUCCAUCAUCAUCAUUAUCAUCGUCAUCAUCAUCAUCAUCUUCAUCAUCGUUAUCAUCAUCUUAUCUUCGAAGGUAUACUAAUAGAGAUGGCUUAACUUCUCAACCUAGUGGAAUGCAUAGAAUUAUGAAAAUUUAUCAUUAUGAUAAUUUGACCGAUUGUAAAAAUGCAUGUGAAAUACCAUGUGAUACAACUUAUGUGAUCCGUAAUGAUAUCGAUGAACGACGACAAUUUAUUUGUAUGCAACGUAAAGCACCUGUUGUUUCAGCAUUUAUUAAUAUUAGCACUAAUGGCAUUUUUCCAAUUAUUUUAACUGCUACAUUGAUAUUCCAGAUAUCAUGUGGUUUGCUGAUAAUUACCUGUUGCUGUUGCAUUCGUUAUGGUUGUGCAUGUUGCCGAAAGAUGUGCAGUUCCAGAAAUUCAUCAAAUGAUCCAUUGGUAAAUGGUGAAUUUAGGGAAACGCUUGAUUCAAAAGAUAUUGGUUAUUUGAAAAAAGAAGUUGACAGGAAAAUUAUUACUGUAUAA